GUCUGGACAGACCAAAGCCCAGACACAUACAGCAGAGAGCGAGACAGAAACAGAGGAGUCUGCUGAAGCAUCUCUGUUUCCCUGGGCAAACUUCCCCGCCGCCACAGACACGACUGACAGGCCAGCCGAGCCGGGCAUCAAGCCUGAUCUCAGAGGAGACAAGAUCGACCGACGAGUCGCAGAGACCCAGAGGAGGUGAUAAAUCUGACACAUCGACACAGAGAUCUGCCCACAGCAGCGGAAAAGAUGCCCGUCUGUACCGUCCUGGAGAAGCAUAACGGCGUUGUGGUGGCCGCUGAGCUGGCCUGCAGCGUACGGGAGGAGAACAAAGCUCAGAGGGAGAGCUACAGCGCCGACUGGCAGAGUGUCAACCUCAAGACUCAACCUCAGGACAGGCAGACAAUGAACAUGAAUGACGACUCUCGCAGGGAGACUCUGUCCCGGCAGUGGCAGGCCCGCUCCCUGGUCCAGACCUGCCCCUCUGGCGUCUACAGAGUGGGCACCGUCGAGAGGGGGGUGAGGGAGCACCAGCUGCUGCCGAAAAGGAACACACUCCCCCUGCCCAUCUUCACCCCCGCAGAGCUGGGUGUUCGGCUGGGACGGGGCGCCCCGCACACCGAGGAAGACCUGCGGCCCUUCCCCACCCCGGACGGAGCCUGUCCCGCCAAGAGGACCGUGGACGAGAUCACGAAAGACCUCCCCCCCGUCAAACCGACUCGCAUGGAGUUCGCCAAAGCGCCGAGAACCCUGGGCCGCUCCAUGUCGCAGGAGGCCCAGAGAGGGUGAAACCCCAAUCAGAGAAAAAGCGAGAGAGAGAGAGUGGGGAUGUUAGGGAGAGACGAGAGAGGGUGAAAGCUGGUAAAGGAUAGUCAAAAGCAUGAAAAGAUGUAUAUAGAUUUAUCCUGAAUGACAUUCAUCAUAAACACUACGUAGAUCAUUAGCACCGUCUGUGUAUCUGUCCCAUUUUGGCAGGUAAAUGUCACGCUUUGUCACUGUCGGCAUUCGGUGGUCAGUGGUAUUAGGACGGGUGAAAUGAUGGAGAGGCAGACAUGUUGCAGGGUGUGUGCGUUCAGCUGUGCCACGGGCUAAUCUCUCUGCUGCCUGGAAAAGAGCAGCGGGGCCUUUGCCAUGUCGGCUGCUCGCUCACUGGGCUCCCGUGACCCUUUUUCCAGUUACUGGUAUGCAGGCCAAAUGGCAUUUACUGCGGAAUGGCUGUCAUAGCAUGCAGUGGUGCACUUCCACCCAGUUGUAUGCAAUUUCUUUUUUUUUUUUUAUGUUUCCAUGGGGUAAAUGAAAGUGUUCUUGAGAUUUGUGCAUAAGUAUUUCAUGGUUUAUACCUGAAAUAUGUGGUAUUGGAAUCUAACGGUACAGCAAGUGACAAAAAGAAAACAAGGCAGAAAAGUGUAAAGAGGAAUUUAAGGUGGUGGGGGGUGGAGGGGGGCUGAGGUAGGGGGUGACGAACAUGACUUGGACUCAGUGCUCCGGUUUUAUAACAACAGAUAGACGCUGGUCAGCCUCCAGGCCUUGGAAAGCCCCCGACGAUCUCUGAUCCCUGUAAAGGGCACAGAAUGCUCCAGCGUGAUCACACCUGCAGCCAGCGCCAGGAAGCUGUAUAUAUUUAUGUUGGUGUGUGUGUGUGUGUGUGCGUAUGUAUGUGUGCAUGUGUGUGUGUCUGUGCCUGUGCUGACACCUCUAAUCAGGAGGACUUAGGAAAACAGGAUAUAAUAAUGUGUCCCAUAAGACUCACUGCAUUAACGGGUCCGCCCUGAUAGUUGAGUGGCAGCUUAUAUAUAUUUAUAUAGAUGCUAGCUGAGUUCCUUGAACUUUCCCUGGUGUAACAGAGUUUGAAAAAUGUAGUGUGUUCUGUUGUAACGUUGAGAUAUUUUGCCUAGAGAAUUAUUUUUAUUAUUUUUACUAAUAAAAAUUGAAUUGCUCUUCA